AUGGCUGCUCCUCUCGUAACGUCGGUCACCGAGACCAAGGAGCUCCGGGGACUAAACCUUAUCGCGGCGCAUUCGCAUAUUCGCGGUCUUGGUGUCGAUGCGGACACUCUAGAGCCCCGGCCGUCGUCGCAAGGCCUGGUCGGGCAGGAGAAGGCCCGUAAGGCUGCGGCGGUGGUUUUGGAGAUGAUUAAGCAGGGCAAGAUUGCUGGACGCGCUGUUCUGAUCGCUGGUCCUCCGAGCACCGGCAAGACCGCGAUUGCCAUGGGUAUGGCCCAAUCCCUAGGCCAGGAUGUCCCGUUUACCACACUAGCCGCGUCCGAAAUCUUUUCCCUGGAGAUGUCCAAGACCGAGGCGCUGACCCAGGCCUUCCGCAAGUCGAUCGGCGUCAGGAUCAAGGAGGAGAGUGAGAUCAUGGAGGGAGAGGUCGUGGAGAUCCAGAUCGACCGCAGCGUCACCGGCGGCGCGAAGCAGGGCAAGCUCACCAUUAAGACGACGGACAUGGAGGCCAUCUACGAUAUGGGUAGUAAGAUGAUCGAUGCCAUGACCAAGGAGCGUGUGAUGGCGGGCGACAUUAUCUCCAUCGACAAGUCCUCCGGAAAGAUUACCAAGUUGGGCCGCUCAUACGCCCGAUCGCGCGACUACGAUGCCAUGGGCGUCGACACCAAGUUCCUGCAAUGCCCCGAGGGCGAGCUGCAGAAGCGCAAGGAGGUCGUCCACACCGUCUCCCUGCACGAGAUCGAUGUCAUCAACUCCCGCACACAAGGCUUCCUGGCCCUCUUCUCAGGCGACACGGGCGAGAUCCGCAGCGAAAUCCGUGACCAGAUUAACACCAAGGUCGCGGAGUGGAAGGAGGAAGGCAAGGCCGAGAUUGUGCCGGGCGUGUUGUUCAUCGAUGAAGUCCACAUGCUCGAUAUCGAGUGCUUCUCCUACAUCAAUCGCGCUCUCGAGUCCGAUCUCGCCCCCAUCGUCAUCAUGGCCAGCAACCGUGGCGUCUCGCGCAUCCGCGGCACCGACUACAAGUCGCCUCACGGCCUGCCCCUCGACUUCCUCGACCGUGUCGUCAUCAUCAAUACCCACCCCUACACCCCCGACGAGCUGCGGCAGAUCCUGUCGAUCCGCGCGCAGGAGGAGGAGGUAGACCUCACCCCUGACGCGCUCGCCCUGCUCACCAAGAUCGGCCAGGAGGCCGGCCUGCGCUACGCGAGCAACCUGAUUACCACAUCGCAGCUGAUUGCCGCCAAGCGCCGCGCCAAGCAGGUUGGCGUCGAGGACGUGCAGCGUAGCUUUAAGCUGUUCUAUGAUCCCGCCCGCAGCGUACGCUUCGUGCAGGAGUCGGAAAAGAGGUUGAUUGGGAACGAUGGCGUGGUGGAUUUCUCGUAUCAGGGUGCGGCUGAGGCUGCUGCUCCUACUCUCCCGGCCGCAGCGCCGGUUGACCCUGUUGGUGGGGAGAAGAUGGACAUGAGCUGA